CUGUACUUUCCCGAAUUUGAGAGACCCAGCGACGCCCGACGGCUGCCACGACGACUACAACACCAACCACCACGUACGUGGGCGGUGCACUGUUGUCGUUCGUGCGGCCUCGUAGCAUUUUGCGCGAAUAAGGUUGAACUUCGCAGAGUGCUUACAGAUCGCCUUUGCGAGACAUGGAACAGUUCGCAGCACAAGCAGGACGCAGCGCAAUGCAAGGCGCGGUGCUCAAUGUUGCCAACUGCGCGAACUGUUACAAGCCUAUUCGGCCUGACGCAAGGAGGACGCUCUGCACAGGGUGCCGCGCCAAGAUGCGCCUCAUGUACGCGGCCACCCAGCAGCCAGCCACACAGGCCCCGCCUCAGCCCCCCAAGCAGCCUGUGCUGGUCGCAGCAUGCGCAGUGUGCUCUGCGCGCGUCCAGCUCCCCCCGUACCCCAUCGACCCGAAGCAAAUCAUCAUCUGCGUGCCAUGCCACAACACGCGGUUCUCCAAGACGCGCCGCCGCGAGACGCAGCGACGCGCAGAGCCGAGCGCGCCUCACACGCACGCGCCCCCGGCGCCCCAGCAGGGCACGCACCCAAAGAGCCCAGCGGAUCUGGACGACGUCGCGCUGGCACAGUACAUCGCCUUCGAGGCGAUGAAGUACGUGCACCCCGCACACACGCCCGCCGAGAUGGGCGGGCUCGGCGCGGACUACGUGCGGAUCGCGCCGGAGGGCGCGAUGAUCGCCCCCGCGUCGAUGCUGCCCCCGACGUUCAGGCCCUCGCCAGACGGGAGGCACUACAACGAGCGCGGCGAGAUCCUCGUACCGCCGAUCGCGUCGUACCUCCCGAUGCCACUCCCGCCACCUCCUCCCCCCGCCACGCCGAGCUCGCACAAGUUCUACACACAGCGUGGCGCUGUUCCGCCUGCGAAUAGGCCGGGCAGCAUGGCUGCGCCCACGACUAUCCCUACCAGGCCACCAGGGAGCGUCCCAUUUCCGCAGGCGCAAGUGGCGCAUGCACCCUCGCGACCAGCUCCACGAUCGUCUUUUGUACCAGGAGCGUCCACCGCGUCCGUGCCCAGUAUCAGGCGUGUCGCACCCGGACAGCCGGUCGCCCCGUCGCACCUUGUCCGCCUCCCUCCAGGGCAGCCCGUCAUGCUGCAGCACUACCACGCCGCCGUCCCCCCGCCUGUGCAGCCCGGGUCGGACGGCAUGGUACAAGGAUGGACUAGCGGAGAUCCGCAGGCGGCGGGCAAGGUACGCGUCUGCGAGACGAGCGGGUGCAGCACGGUUCUGUCUGCGAAACAUCUGUGGAGGGUGUGCAGCAGGUGUCUGGCGGCGGCGGACCCUGGGCACUUUGCUGCGGUCCCUUCGAAGAGAGGACGGGAGAAGAGUAUGGACGCGUCUGCCAGCGCGAGUCCAAGUGCGAGCGCGGGUGGGGAAGUGGCGGCGAGCGACGAACUGAACAAACCGCGUUUGCGAGUGGCCAUGCAGGCUUCGGCGUCAUCUGCGAGUGAGACUCCGCCGACGGAGCCGCACCACCACGUUUUUCCUUUGUCCGCCAGUUCGCAAACGAGCCCGUCCGUGCAAGUCCCAAUCGCCCGUUCAAGACGAUCUGCCAGUGUUGAGCUCGUCGUGAGCCCCGGCGUGAAUCCGGGUCCGCGGAACCAACCGCCCAUCUCCAUCCCCUCGCUCUUCUCCCAGCCCAUCUCCCAGAACGCCCGGACGAAGCACCGACAAACAUCUUCCCUGACAAACGCCCUUGCACCGAGCCACUUCCCCAACCACGUGUAUCCUCUACAGGACCCGACCACCAGCAACGGCCAGGGCGCGUUUGAUCAGAAACCCGACACCGACGCCAUGCUGGAGCAGCUCGAGUCGCUCGUGCGGGAGCACGUCGGCGUGGCCCGGAUCCCGGCUCUCACGCCGGACGCGGCGCGGGCGCAGCAUUCCGCGGAGAGGAUACGCGGAGGGGCGGGAUCGAGCCCUGUCGGCGUUCCCCCGAAGCUUGUUGAACCUUCGCUGCAGCCGCAAGUGCGAUCAGUGCCGCUGCCGUUGCCUAGGAAGAUGAAGAAUAUUGCUGGGCCAUCGAAGGCGACGGCGUCGGCAUCGCCUGCAGCGGAUCAGUCAAUCCUACUCGACGACGACGGGGACGUUCCAAUGCUCCCUGAACCUCCUACCCCAGCUGUUGAGCCAACAGCUGCGUCUCGGAAUGAAACAGAAAAUGGCGGCUCAACUGAUGCUGAUGUGGUGAUGAGCGAUGUCAACACCAAUGCUGAGCCAACUCACAGCCUCGACCCACAUACACAAGGGCCUUUUCGAGAUGUUGCGAUUAACAACGCGCCCGCUCGGGCUGAGCCUAGCCAACUCACCGUUCCCGUGAAGGCCGAGCAAGCUACUGAGCCGUCUUUCACAACUGUUGCCGAACAUGAUGAGGACGUACGCAUGUCUCCAGAACCCGUAGCAGGAGAUACGAGUGAGGAAGACGAGCCGCCGCUCAGUGUAGUCGUCAAGUCGAAGCGGGAUAUGGAGAACACGGACGAAGAGAAGCCUGUCGCCCGCAUUAACCUCAGGUUCAAAACCACGACUCCGUCAACCUAUCGUAGUCAGUCCACUCCCAAGACAGGCUCGACGCCCCUUCGCAUUCGGAUACCAUCUUUCAAGAAGUCGAGUCCGCCCCGAGUUGAUGUCUCGCUCGCUCCUCCGAGUACCCCGCCUGUUCCCGAGUCCCUUGCUGCGCCCUCUUCUCCGACAUCUCCUACCCAGCCAACCACUGGCGUGAACACCCCAUGGGACAGCGACCUCUCCGAUCUCACCCCGAUCGAAGACUUGACGGACGAAGGCGAGUCAGAAAUUGGUGAGCCUGAAGACGAUGCGGAGGAAAAGCCCAAGCUCAAGAUCAAGCUCAAGAUCCCAAAGUCAUUGCAGGGCUCCAAGGGCCGACCCGUUCGAUUAGUGCCCUCGCGGAAGGAGGAUAAGUCUCCGUCGACGUGCAAUAUCCGCAGGUGCCAGAACAUGCUCGCACCUGGCUACCGGUAUAAGAUGUGUGAUAUUUGCCGGGAGCAUAAUCGCGUGGGUCAGCGAAGGAUGAGGGCCGCCGAGAAGGCUGAUGAUCCGUAUGCAAAGUCGAAGAAACACUUGGUGGACCUCAGUGGUUAUCCUCCGGGCUCCCGCAUAUGCGUUGGCAAAUGGUGCAAGACUGUUGUCCCACCUGAGUCGGAAUAUAAGUGGAAGAUGUGUGUCGCCUGUCGCCAGGCAUACCGGAAGCAAGAUAACUACGCUGCAAUCUUCGAACAUCCCGCGUUGCUCAACGGAAAGAAGCAGACGCGAGAAGGCGACGGGUUGGACCUCGAACUGCAGUAUCCUGAUGAUGACGACGACGGCUUUCCAUAUGUCGAUAGAACGCCUAACGCAUAUCAACAUCUCGGUGACCUCCUGCAGAUGCUCGAGAGAAGAUUCCAUGCUUUCUUUGUUGCCCAGCUGCAGUACUACCAGUUCAAGAUCGGGCGGGGCGUAGACGUCACGGCAGCCACGCCUUCGAUGUUCAGCUUUACCGGAGAGUACUCUAUCGUAGCGAAUCCAGCUGGAGGUACCGUUAAUGAGGCCGUGAAAGCGCUGGCUAGCCAGGUUGAAGGCGCACUGGGAAUUCGCUUCAAUCCGGCUGGCAUUUUCAUGGGGCCUGAAGCAUCCGUGGUCAGCCGAUUUGGAUGUGUUCACGAAGUCAACAUGCCUUUUCCACAAGUCAAAUCAGAACCCUCCGCUCCCGAUACUCCAGCCCCAGUGCUAGUCAGGAGGAUGGCCGGUGAAUUGGAGAUCGACGUCUCUUGGGAUCGACGCCACAAGUACUUUCCCGGCCAGCGCAUACAGAUCCGCUUCAAGCUGCUCAGCUGAACUCUGUCUCGGACGCUUGCUCACGACGCUCCUUGCAUAUGAUCUCCUCAAUAUAUGAUAGUUAGAGUUACAGUAUGUUCUGGCGUUAUGCCUGUGAUUUAUGGUAUGUAUAAUCAGUCUUGCUAUCGCACCCCGUUACGUUGCAGUGGUCAUGCUUUCGAGUUUCUUUCCCGUCGUAGCAUAGGUUCAUCAUACAGUCGCUUCGCUGGUUGUAAUCUGCCAGUGGUACUUAUAAUAUAUACGCGCGUAUCAAUACAAUUGACGAUGAAUUUUU